AUGUUUCCAAAAGCUCGAGAUUACAAUGCAUGCUCUCUAAAAUGUAUAUACAAUGUUAUUGAUCAUUUUCAUUUCAUGCUUGAUAUAAUGAUAAGUUAUUAUUUAAGAAAUUCUCUGCUUACUCUGGUAGUAGCUAUCCAUUCGGCAGAUGACAAUCGGAAGUACUGUUAUAGUGUAUAUCUUAUGCCUGAAUACGGUUUUCAACUUAAUGAUACAAAAUUAUGUCUGUGGUAUACGAUAAUCUUUUGCAUGUUCCUGAUAGGAAGGUGGUGGUGGAUUUGGAUCGGAUGUAUCUGGAGGUCUGUAGAAAGUGUUAUUUUCUGUAUGCGCAGUGGUUGA